AUGAUGCAGCAAAGAGAUUUCUAUGGGAAUGAUUAUAUAUACAAACAUAUCAAAUAAGUGAGUUUACAGGAGUUUACGGAUUAAUUAUUCAAUCCCACAAGGCAUUAAAAAUAAAUGGUUUUAUUUACACAGAAUGAGCAAAAAGAAUAACAGGAAUUGUAUAAAUAUUAUGUCUAUUUGGGAGGAGGUGUAUUUGCAGCAUCUGCUUUAUCAGUUAUUCUCUAUAAAAAGAUUCCCUUUCUUAAUAGAAUCGAGAAAAGAUGGGCAAGAUUAUUAACAAAAGCAUUAUUACUGUUUGGGCCACUCCAAGUAAUUUUGAUCUCCAUAUCAUAUAGGUGCAAUCUAUUUUUGGUCAAAGAGCAUAAUAUGAAUUACUAGAUAGAUAGUUUAUAUAAUAUCAUAGACAAUUAUAAGAUUAUAUGUUCUCUGGAGACAUAAGAAAACUUAAACAAGAUAUCCAAAUAAGUCCUGUAUGA